AUGACUUUGACGACGCUCGAGAUUCUUCGUCGACAAUACCUAUCCCUCUACCCGCUCUACCUCAUCUCAUUCCCUGCUCCCUCUCUCCUUGCCGACCCGCAGUCACAGGAAUAUCUGAUAGAUAAGCUGUUAGGGGAAAGUCAUCAGCCUGAAAAUGAGUAUAGGCGGAAGUUCUGGAGAAGGGUGGUGGAGAGUAUGGAGAUUGGACUGAAAGAGUUAGAAUCGCAGUUGGAGUUCUCACAGGAAGAUCGAGAUGAGUCGGAAAUUGACGAGAGGUUUUACGAUCUUUUAACUAAUUUGAUGGUUACCAAUGACGCCAACGCCAACGGUGAAGCUGGACCUUCAUCGAGUGGACCGAAAACAACUUAUCGGACACUCAUAUAUGAUAAACCUAGAUCACCAAAUUAUCCAUUGAAGGACACCAACACCAGCACCAACGAUCACGAUUUUGAACAUCGUAUAGAUGGAGACAGUGACAUAGAUGAAGAUAAGAUCGUUCUUUUGGAAGAACAGAUUGCGAUUCAAGCAGGAACAACCGGUUUGAGAACUUGGACAGCAGCCCUUCAUCUAGCUCAUCAAAUCCUUCGACACCCACAUUUGAUCUUCUACGGUAGCGAUUCAUUUUACAGGGGUAUACUGGAACUGGGAGCUGGGACGGGAUUUUUAUCGAUAUUGUUCGCUCAGCUGGGUGCGGAUGUCAUUUCCACGGAUCUGGGUAUCGAGUCGGACGCAAAAUCAGCCGAUGAGAUUGACAUAGAGCAACAUCACGAAGAGAACGGUGAGAGUAGAACUCCGCUGGGGAGGUUGAAGUGCAAUGUAGAUCUUAAUUCGAUCAGUGAGCGUGUAUCUGUCAAAGCUUUAGAUUGGACAGACGCAUCGUUGCUGCCUGAGGAAAGACCCAGUAUAUGGUCGAAAUUGGUAGAGGAAAGAAGGACAAUAGUAGCUGCUGAUGUCAUAUACGAUCCAGACUUAGUACCCCCUCUGGUAAAUACAAUUCGAGUCUUGCUCGAGGAUGAUGGCCAGAACCAGGCUAUUAUCUCGGCGACGGUGAGGAAUCAGGAGACUUUCGAUAAAUUUCUGAUCACCUGUGGACAACAUCGUCUCCAAGUCAGUUUCAUCGAGGUACCUGCCAUGAACGGGAACGGGGAUGAUGUUAGAGCUUGUCCUACGUUCUGGGAUUCGGCUCUGGAUAAAGGGACGGAAGUGAAGAUUAUGCGGAUUACCAAAAGAAGGCGGUUGUAG